AUGGCCACGAACGGUACGUCCAAGCUGGACUGGACCAGGUUCUACAAUGUCAUCGACGGCAAGCUCGAGACGACCAGCAAGACCAGGCACAGCGUGAACCCGUCGACCCUCGAGGCCAACCCCGAGGUCCCCGUGUCCACCCCCGAGGAUGUCGACAGAGCUGUGCAGGCGGCGAAGAGGGCCCAGGAGGCCUGGGCCGAGACCCCGUACGAGGAGCGCCAGAAGGCCCUCGCGAGAUUCGGCGAGGCCAUCGAGGCGCACGCCGAGGAGUUUGCGCUGAUGCUCACCAGGGAGCAGGGCAAGGCCUUCGAGGUCGCCGAGGCCACCAAGCACUUCAAGGGAAUGUCCAACCUGUCCUUCCCCGAAGAGGUCGUGGACAACAACCCUGACCGCCGGGUCGUCACGAGAUACACGCCUUUGGGUGUCGCCGUCGGCAUUGUCCCUUGGAACUCCUGCGGCAAGAUUGGACCCGGCCUGGUUACUGGAAAUGCCUUCAUUCUCAAGCCCUCCCCCUUCACUCCUUACUGCGACCUGAAGCUCGCGGAGCUCGCGCAGCAGUUCUUCCCCCCCGGCGUCUUCCAGGCCCUCAGCGGCGACGACAACCUCGGCCCCUGGCUGACCUCCCACCCGGGCGUCGACAAGGUCAGCUUCACCGGCUCGACCGCGACCGGAAAGCGCGUCAUGGAGAGCUGCAGCAAGACCCUCAAGCGUGUCACCCUGGAGCUGGGUGGAAACGAUGCGGCCAUUGUGCUCCCGGACGUUGACGUCAAGGCUGUCGCGCCCAAGAUUGCCAUGCUCGCCUUGUACAACUCUGGACAGGUCUGCGUCGCCAUCAAGCGCAUCUACAUCCACGAGGCCAUCUACGACGAGCUCGUCGCCGAGAUCGCCAACUUCGUCAAGAACCUGCCCAUCGGCGACGGCCAGCAGGAAGGCAGCGUCCUGGGCCCCGUCCAGAACCAGAUGCAGUUCGACCGCGUCAAGGAGCUGCUCAAGGACAUUGACGAGCAGAAGCUCAAGGUCGUCGCCGGGUCUACGGCUUCCGCCUCCUCCCACGGCAAGGGCUACUUCAUCACGCCCACCAUCGUCGACAACCCGCCCGACGACUCGAGGAUCGUCGUCGAGGAGCCCUUUGGCCCCGUCUUCCCCGUCCUCAAGUGGAGCGACGAGAAGGACGUCAUCCGCCGCGCCAACGACACCCUCAUGGGCCUCGGCGCCUCGGUCUGGUCCAAGGACCUCGACAAGGCGCAGAGCAUCGCCAAGAAGCUCAAGGCCGGCAACAUCUGGAUCAACACCCACCUGGAGCUGCAGUACGACGCGCCCUUUGGCGGCCACAAGCAGAGCGGUAUCGGCUACGAGUACGGCGCCGGCGGCCUGAAGGCGUACUGCAACGUGCAGUCGCUGUAUGUCACCAAGGCAUGA